UAUGUUGGGCCCUCGUUUCGUAUUUAGAAGCGAGAGGCCUACCUGGCCUGGUCUUUUUGGUGGCUGGCGGCGGCGGCGGCAAGCUCCCGCGCCUGGAGGUGGUGGUGUCGGUGUCGUCGUUGCUGAGGCACGCAGGAGGAAGAGGGAUUUUUUCUUGCUCGAGCUCACAGGAGGGCUAAGCAGCAGCGGGUCCCUCCCGGACUGUGUUCCCUCCAUCCGGAGACAAACGGUAGCCCGGCCGGUCUAGUCUGCUUCUCUUUCCUCGGUUUAGGAAGAAAGAAAGAAAGAAAAAAAGCCUGAGUGCGUCUUUUCUUCACUGUUUGUCGGGGACAAGAAUGAGAGACGAUGAACCAAAGGGACACUUUUGUGCAUCUGUUUGCUGGGGGAUGUGGAGGCACUGUUGGUGCAAUUUUGACAUGUCCACUAGAAGUUGUGAAAACACGGUUGCAGUCUUCCUCUGUUACUCUGUAUAUCUCCGAAGUUCAUCUGAAUACUGUGAACGGUGUUAGUGUUAAUCCUGUAACUAGAGUUUCCCCAGGGCCUCUCCGUUGUUUGAAAAUGAUCUUACAAAAGGAGGGUCCUCGAUCACUCUUUCGAGGACUAGGUCCUAACUUGGUAGGCGUUGCUCCAUCCAGAGCAAUAUACUUUGCUGCUUACUCCAAUUGCAAAGAAGCAUUGAAUAAUGUAUUUGAACCAGACUCCACCCAAGUAUACAUGAUCUCAGCUGGAGUAGCAGGCUUUACUGCGAUCACGGCAACCAAUCCAAUUUGGUUCAUAAAAACACGAUUGCAACUUGAUGCAAGGAAUCGUGGGGAAAAACGGAUGAGUGCUUUUGAAUGUGUUCGCAAAGUCUAUAAGUCAGAAGGAUUUAAAGGUUUUUACCGAGGAAUGUCUGCAUCCUAUGCAGGCAUAUCAGAGACUGUUAUUCACUUUGUUAUUUAUGAGAGUAUUAAGCAAAAGCUGUUGGAAUGUAAGUCUGCUUCUGCUAUGGAUGAAGAUGAUGAAUCUGUCAAAGAACCAUCUGACUUUGCUGGCAUGAUGAUGGCUGCAGCCACUUCCAAAACCUGUGCCACAUCUAUAGCCUAUCCACAUGAGGUCAUACGAACAAGGCUACGAGAAGAAGGAACAAAGUACAGAUCUUUUUUCCAGACACUUUCCCUGCUUGUUCGAGAAGAAGGUUAUGGCUCACUUUACCGUGGCUUAACAACACACUUGAUUAGACAGAUACCAAACACAGUUAUAAUGCUGACUACAUAUGAAGUGGUAGUCUACUUAUUAAAUGGAUAGCAAUAAUACCAGCUAUCUAGAGGAAGUUGAAAGACCAAAAGCUUGCAGUGGACCAUGAACUCUGUGUGGGUAGGCAGCAGAAAACAUCUAUCAAGGAUAUGCAGUGGUGGAUGAACUGGAAGACUGAUAGGCAAUCAUGCUCAGUCGUGCUGCCUUAUCAUGUGACUUUUUUAGCAAUGCGAUAGUCUGAAGCUGCUCCUACUGGAUUGCCUUUAAAUGCCUCAUAUUUCAAUUGCAUUUUCCCUGUUGUGUCAACUGUUCUAAAACUAUGCAGUAAGCCAUCAGGGACUUCGCUGUGAGCAUGGAGGGUCAUAACUUGUGUCCUUAUUACAAGGGGUACAUCUCACUUCAACUCCUAUUUCAGUGCUGCUUUCAUAUUCAUGUUCUGUUACAGCGCAGUAUCUAAUUGGAAGAGUGUAUCUGUAUCUAGUUAAAGCAGACUUAUAACUUCCUGUGUUGAAACUCCAUUUUGCAGUUUGAAAUAAAGUGAAAGGUAAAAAUUCAUGUUAAGCUUCCCAUUUUACUACCUCAGGGUGUGACAAGGAAGCUUAUGUUCAUUGCUAUGAAAAAGGCAGCCUUCAUUUGUAGAGUUGGAGAAACGCAGGGGCUGUACAGGAAAAAUAUGUAUGGAGUUCUGGUUGCUUUGACAUCUAAGAUCCCAGUGGCAGAAGGGCAUAUUACUUUAAAUUGUUUUCUGCUGCAGAAACGGAGAAGAGCUUUUGGAAGAAUCUAUCUGAAAUUGAAUUUUCUUCUGCUGUGUACGGUCUGUGUCUAUAAGCCUCACUUGGAUGUAAGGACUUCCAAUUUUGUCGUGAAACAUGGGCCUGUUGAGUAAGGCAGCCCUGCCUAAUUAACAGAUUAAAACAUUGAUGUUGGGUUUGA